CCCGCCAUGUCGUCCAACGCCGUCAAACUUGGCGCCCUCGGCCUGCUCACCGUGCAGAACAGCGCGCUGAGCCUCGUCAUGGCGCGCAGCCGCGUGCCCGAUGCCGACGGCCACAUCUACCUCGGCCCCACGGCCGUCUUCCUCGUCGAGCUGCUCAAGGUGCUCAUCUCGCUCAGCGCGCUCUUCUACACGCGCCUGCACGCCGCUGCCGCUGCGGCCACGCCCGCCGGCGGCGACUGUGGCCUACGCUUGGCUAUCCCUGCGCUGCUCUACGUCUGCCAGAACAACCUGCAGCUCGUCGCCGCCUCGCACAUGGACGGCGCACUGCUGCAGACCUUCUCGCAGGGCAAGCUGAUCAGCACAGCCCUCUUCGCCACGCUCAUGCUGCACAAGAAGCUCUCGCGCUGGCAGUGGACGAGCGUGGCGGCGCUGGGCCUGGGCGUCAUUCUGGUGCAGCAGGGCUCGCCCCACGGCCCCGCAUCUGCGCCGCCGCCGCCAGGCUCGCCGCCGCCGGGCUUCGCGCUCUCGGGCGCGGCGACGGGCCUCAUUGCCAUCACCACGGCCUGCGUCAUCUCGGGCUUUGCCGGCGUGUACACCGAGAUGAUCCUCAAGGGCCAGGCCGAGUUCUGGGCCGUCAACGCACAGCUCUCCGCCUUCAGUCUCGUGCCCGCGCUCAUCCCGCUGCUCACCAACGCCAUGGAUGCGCAGGGGCACUGGGCGCCCAUGCGCUACUUUGGCGCCUGGGCGUGGGCGAGCGUGCUGCUCAACGUCUCCGGCGGCCUGCUCGUCUCGCUCGUCGUCAAGGUGGCCGACAAUGUGGCCAAGGGCUUCGCCGUGGCGCUCGCAAUUGUCCUCACCUUUCUCUUCUCGGCCGUCUUUCUCUCGUACAGCAUCACGCUGGCGUGCGCGGCGGGCGUCGCCGUCGUCGUGCUCAGCAUGGUCGUGUACAGCACGAAUCCGCCGCCAAAGCCUGCGCAGUCCGAGACGGUCUUUGAUGCGCGUGAGACGGACGCGCACGACACCGAGUACGAGUCGGCAGACCAGUCGAUGGACGAGCGCAGCGACUCGCCGCCGCACACUGCGAUCCGCCUGCCGACCCAUGUGAUCUCAGAAGAGGAGGACAAGCUCGGCUAG